CCUUAAGUCACAUUGUAGACUCGCGGCAGUUCUUGUUAUGCCAAGCAUAUCAUAUUUUUUAUUGACAAUAAUAUUGUAUAUCGAUAAAUUUAUUUAAUAUGUUAGAGAAUCAAAAGCGAACAAAAAGUAUGAGUGGGGAAGAUUUUCAGAAGCAUUGGGUGAGACCAGAUCUUCCAUCAAAAUGCACAUGGCAUCUUGGAGCUGAUAUAAAAAGUUCUCCUCAUUAUCAUAUGCCAUUUAAUCUGGAAGAAGAGAAAAUAUUACCGAACAUUCUUCACAAAAUUGGAAAAUCUCCUCUUGUUCGCUUAAAUAAAAUACCAAACGAAAAUGGCAUUAAAUGUGAAAUGCUUGCAAAAUGUGAGUUUUUCAACGCAGGAGGAUCUCUUAAGGAUCGUAUUGGAUAUAGAAUGGUUCUUGAUGCAGAACGAGAAGGAAAAAUUAAGCCAGGCGAUACCCUAAUUGAACCAACAUCUGGAAAUACUGGCAUUGGAAUUGCAUUGGCUGCAGCUGUAAAAGGUUAUAAGUGUAUAAUAGUGAUGCCAGAAAAAAUGAGUUCUGAAAAGGUAAAUACUUUACGAGCUCUUGGAGCAGAAAUUGUAAGAACUCCAACAGCGGCAAGCUUUGAUUCUCCAGAAUCUCAUAUUGGUGUUGCUCAACGCCUGAAUAAUGAGAUAAAAGAUUCUUAUAUUCUUGACCAGUAUCGUAACCCAGGCAAUCCUCUGGCACAUUAUGACUUGACAGCUGAAGAAAUUUUGCAUCAAUGUGAUGGAAAACUUGAUAUGAUAGUAAUUUCUGCUGGAACAGGUGGUACUCUAACUGGGUUGUCAAGAAAACUAAAAGAAAAAUGUCCAGACAUAAAAGUGAUUGGUGUAGAUCCCUAUGGAUCAAUUUUGGCUGAACCUGGUGAUCUCAAUGUGACUGAUACAACAUUUUAUGAGGUUGAAGGCAUUGGUUAUGAUUUUAUACCAACUGUGUUAGAUAGAAGUCUUGUUGAUAAAUGGAUUAAAACAAAUGAUAAAGAUUCUUUAAAAAUGGCCAGAGCUCUUAUAAGAAAAGAGGGUUUACUUUGUGGUGGUUCCUCUGGGGCAGUUGUUUGGGCAGCGUGCCAAACUGCAAUAAAUCUUGGUGAAAAUCAGCGUUGCGUGGUCAUACUUCCAGAUAGUGUUAGGAAUUAUAUGACAAAGUUCUUAGAAGAUUCUUGGAUGAUCGAGCGCGACUUUAUAGAAUCAGACAGUGGAGAAAAUGAAAAAGUUUGGUGGUGGAAUGAAAAAGUUAAUCGUUUGAGUUUGAAAACUCCUUUUACUAUUAUGCCCACCAUGACUUGUCAAGCAGCAAUUGAGAUCAUGAAUACAGAAACUUAUGAUCAGUUACCAGUAGUUGAUGAAGCUGGAAGUAUUCAAGGAAUGGUUACCCUUGGCAACAUAAUGGGAAAAAUGGUUUCUGGCAAAAUAACUCCAAAAUCACCAGUCACUCAUGCUAUUUAUGAUAAGUUUAAAAAGGUAUCUUUACAUACAUCACUUGGAGAACUUUCUAGAAUACUCGAUCAUGAAUAUUUUGCUUUGGUCGUUCACUCUCAAUACCAAUAUUCUGAUACGAAUAAAUCUACAAAAAAAGAGAUAAUAUUUGGAAUUGUCACCCGUCUUGAUUUGCUUAAUUUUAUAACCAACUCUCCUGAAUCUCUUUCAUUACAGCAGUAAUUUUAAUUUAAAUCUUUGAAUGGAAUUUAAUCUUUAAACUUAAGUAAUAAAAAUACCAACAAUCGAAAUCUCAAGUUGGCGCCUUUUUGACGUAAAAUGUGCUGCAGGAUUGAGUUUCUGUACAAAUUUAUUUGGUGUACGCGCUUUUUAUCUUGUAUUAACCAUUCAACAGAAAUAUUUUUGUAUUUAUAACUUUUGAUUACUUUAUGAAGAGCAAAUUAAAUUUAAUAAGUUUG